AUGUCACAGGGCGCCAGCUCAUCCGGAGGCCAACAGGAGACGACGGUGGUGGACGAGAUUCCAGAAUCUCUGAAUCGCAUUCUGCUAAUGAUUCUGAAGAAUUUCUAUUCACACGUGCGCAUUUUUUCAAACGAUCAAACGAAACAAAACGCAAUUUCAGGAGCAAUUUCUGAUCGUCUACUAUAUAAUGCGAGCGCAGUGUAUUCGAGAGGAAAAUCUCAAAAAUCGUCUACUGAUCGACCAGAAAACUCUGCGACAAGUAAAUACGCGUCAAUUUUCCAGAAAUCGAGAGACUCAUCGUUUUUCAGCAAUUGGCAGGGCUAAAACAGGAGAAAUUGGUGAAGGAGCGGUUGUUCUCGCAAAAAAACGACCAUAAUAACCGGACCACUUCUAUCAUUUUCUAUUUCAUCAACUAUCGAGCCGUUCUCAACGUUAUCCGCUACAAAAUCGAUCAUAUGCGGUGCGAUUGUGCCGAGUAGAACAUUUUGUUUGUAACAGCACUUUUUCAGGCAAAAACUGGAGGCACGUGAGCAAAUGAGCACCAAUCAGAAUCACUACAAGUGCAACUCGUGCGGAUGCAGUUAUAAUGUUCGGUUUUCGGUUUUUAGACAUGUCAAAGCAGUUAAUUGUAUUUUAUGUGCACAAUUUCUUCAAUUUGUUCUAAUGUUCCCGUCCGAUUUUUCCUCUAAAAUUGCCGAAAUUUCAAAGAAAGAUUGCAGGCGCUCGACAUCACAAUGAUCAUAGAUCCGGAACAUCCGGAUCGGCUGACGUGUUGGCGGUGUCGUGGAGAAGUGACUCCCGAUGAGAGUAUGGCCCCCUCACAGGCCACCAGGUACCUUUUUCUGGAAAAAAAAAUCCGAUGUUCUGACCUUAUUCCAGGGCUGGGCUGGCCCAGUCUUUUCGAAUGCCUGGAUCUAUGGCCCCGCAUGCAAUAUUUCGAUAGGCCAAAAUUUUGACAGUCACUUGGACUUUCAGACCGAUCGGAUUAUCUGGUACCGAGAUCGUUAGUGCUGAAAAACCCGGGGGUUUUCUCGGGACUAGAUAGUCUUGUCGGCCUGAAACGUGGUCCCUUUCCAAGUCUAGAAAACCUGUAAAGUUAGAGUCCGAUCGGAUGAUUGGAAGUGGGUAAAAAGUGCAUAGAACGACACAGAACACAGGGAGGGAAAGAACGAAACGAGAAGGCAGACUUGAAUUUUGUUGUUCAAUUUCAGGACGGCAGUUGCCCGUUUCAACGAGCAAAUGACUCCGCUGUACUCGCAAAUCGCGGCGCUCGGCGGGAUCCAACUGGCGCCGCACCUCCUGGAACCGGACAUUUCCAAGUAUUUGGAGGACGACAAGGCGCGCGAACUGCAACUCCAGCAGCAGCUCGACUUCACCUCCGGCGGCGGCGGAAAUCGCAUUCAGUUGGGGGGAACCGCCCACUCGUUCCACAACGCGGCCACCAUCAACUACCAGCACGGGGACCAGGUCACCGUCGAUCUCAACGCCGACAUCAACAAGUGCGUAUUUACUUGGGUUUUUAAGGGGAUUUUCAGAAGAUUGUUGUCGAAAGUUGAGCAAAUUUGAACUGACUGAGCAUGCUUUGCCAAAUUUUAAGAGUCUCGUUUGGAUUCAAAAGUCCUAAGGGGCCCGGUGAUUCUUUGCGAGGGUGCAGUGAGGAGAGGGAGAAAGUUCGGCCCCUAAAUGAACCAGAAUUUUCCUCGUCACCCUCGCAAAAAAUCACCGUGAGGGGAAUAGUGCCUGUGCGCGCGCAGCGAAGACCUUUGUACUCAUUUUUCUGCACAUUUUUGAGUAAAUAUCACCGGAAAAGUCACUUUUUUGCAGUCGUCCGGUGGAGGAGGCGAAACAAGUGCCGUUGUGGUUGCAGGACAAUGCGAUUGGCGGAGAAGCCGUCUCGCACAACGAGCAGAUACUCAGCCAAGUGUGAGUCUCCGAACAGUUUGAUUUUGUUGCCGAUUUUUGAAGUGUUUCCCGAUCGAAAUUCAUUCAAUUCUUUUCCAGUAACGACGAAGAAGACGACGUGGCGACGACGACGAGUAUCACGGCGAAACGCUCGAAAAACGACGGAAUAACGAUGAAAUUCCUGAAGGAAAUCGAGUUUUCCGACGAGACCUCGACGUCGAAAGAGCCGCAAGCAAAGCGGAUGAAAUUGGACGGCGAAAACGGCGAGAAUGCGAUGGAGACGGACGAAAAAGAGGGAGAGGAAGAAGAGGAAGAAGAAGAAGAGGAAAUGAUAUGCGUGGGCGGACGGACGGUCCCGUUGAGUCAGGUGACCGCCCGAAUGGUCGAAGAGGAGAUGGACGCCGCCGAGCAACAGCACUACACUCAAGUCGUCCAGGAGCUUUUCGCCUAUUGA